AUGGGUAACCGAUGGACAGAAUGGAUCUUGCCAAUUAGAGUAAGAAGUUAUAAUCCAACGUUUCAGGAUGGAAUAGGUUACGAGGUGAAUGAGAUUUUGUAUAGGCGCAUGCAGCAGGAGGCUCAGAUUCGAGAGAGAUUAUCCAGUGAACUAGAGAGCUACAAAUCACGCCAAAGGCAGAUCCGUGAUGAUGCCACUCGUCUACUGGACACAGAAGGAAUGUUGUAUGUGGAGAAACCAUGGGAAGACAUCAAAGUGAAUCCCCAAGACAAAAAGCGUGUCGCCUACUUUUAUGACUCAGAUGUCGGUAAUUUUUCCUAUGGUGCCAAUCAUCCAAUGAAGCCUCAUCGUAUUAGAAUGGCACACUCUCUUAUUAUGAAUUACGGUCUGUAUAAGAAGAUGGAAAUUUACAGAGCUAAGCCUGCCACGCGUGAGGAGAUGAGUCAAUUUCACAGUGAUGAGUACGUAGACUUCCUUGCCCGUGCUACUCCGGAUAAUUUGGAUAUGUUUAAUAAGGAGAAGUUUAAUGUUGGUGAUGACUGCCCUGUGUUUGACGGUCUUUUUGAGUUCUGUAGCAUAUCUGGUGGUGGAUCCAUGGAAGGUGCUGCUAGACUUAACAGGGGAAAAUGUGACGUGGCAAUCAAUUAUGCUGGUGGUUUGCACCAUGCCAAGAAGUCUGAGGCUUCUGGUUUUUGUUAUGUCAACGAUAUCGCUCUCGGUAUUUUGGAGUUGCUUAGGUAUCAUCCUCGUGUUCUUUACAUUGAUAUCGAUGUGCAUCAUGGAGACGGUGUCGAAGAGGCAUUUUAUACCACGGAUCGUGUUAUGACUUGCUCCUUUCAUAAAUAUGGUGAGUUUUUCCCAGGUACAGGUGAGCUUCACGAUAUCGGUGUGGGAAAAGGUAAAUAUUAUGCGGUUAACGUUCCUCUCAGAGACGGCAUCAAUGAUGUCACUUACAGAUCGAUAUUUGAGCCUCUGGUCAAAACCAUUAUUGAGUGGUAUCAGCCUUCUGCCAUCGUGCUCCAAUGUGGAGGUGAUUCGCUUUCAGGAGAUCGUUUAGGAUGCUUUAAUUUAUCCAUGAGAGGUCAUGCCAACUGUGUUAACUAUGUCAAAGGCUUUGGAAUUCCGCUAAUGAUUGUUGGGGGAGGUGGAUAUACUAUGCGUAAUGUCGCUAGAACCUGGACGUACGAGACUGGUUUACUUAAUCAGACGUUAUUAGGUCCGGAUUUACCAUUCAACGAUUACUAUGAGUACUAUGGACCUGAUUACAAGCUCGAUGUGAGACCUUCCAACAUGUACAACGCUAACUCGCCAGAGUAUUUAAGUCGGAUCUUAACACAGAUAUACGCUACUUUAGAGCACACAAAACAUGCUCCAUCCGUGCAGAUGCAACCUAUUCCACCUGACAUCAGGGAUUAUGAUGAUGAUCCUGAAGACGAUUCCAGAGAAGCCAUGGAUACUAAAGGUGGAUCACAGAAAGCCAGAGACGAAACAAUUGUGCCUGAUAAUGAAUUUUAUGACAAGGAAGAGGACGCAAGCAGGGUGAAAAAUAAUAUAGAUUACGGGAAGAAGAUGAAUGGAGAAGAGUCCAGAAGUAGUGUAGCUGAUGUUACUACGAUGGGACCGUCUCCACCUUCAAGUGCAGUUCCAGCUGGCACUCUAGGUGUUUCAACUACAAAUGCUGCUGUUGUUGCAGCUGCUGGACCUUCUGCCAACGGUGAAUCUCAAAGCAAGCCGCCCACUGCUGAUUCGGUGGCACCUACAAACAACAGUGUAACCACACCGACUACCACAGCCACUAGUGAGGAGAAGAAGUAA